AUGACAACAUCAACAAAAUCCUUAUCCGUGGAUACUGCCUGCCCCCCUUUCGGUCAAAUGGCAUCGAGAAUAUAUGCUUCACAGAUCCUCCCUUUCCGCCACCUUCCCGUCCAAACCGUCAGACCACUGCCCCCUACCCCCACGUCUGCGGAGAGCAGAUCAGAGAUCCCCUCAUCCCCAAUAUCAUCGAAACCUCUUCCAACGCUCCCUCAUUCCCCAAUAUCUAUGCCAGACAUCUCUAUCAUCCCUGCAACACCUUUACCGUCGAGCCCCUCAUCCCCGAAGACGUUUCUUUCCACAGGCGGGAACUCAAUUGAGGCUGCUAUGGUAUCUGCCCCAAUCACAUUGAACUCUCAACGUGCACGCCACGUACCUCUUAGAGUUUGUACUGCGCCCGAAGUUUUACAGCGCCAUUCACUAUCCAACAGCAGUAGCUUGACGCCUACACAUAGCCCUGUUUCUACGAGCCCAGCCCCAGUCAGCCCUCUGGCGUCUGACAUCCCGCAACCCCCUUCGCCUACAACUGCACGCCGUAGGCGCUUGAACAAGCUUCAACGGCACCUUGGGGAGUCGAUACCCCCGGAACUGGUGCAUUCACCCAGCGGACGGGGACGUUCCCUGAGCAUCACGCUAGGCGUCUCCCUGGAUAGUUCGGACAGCGGUGGAGAUCUGGUCUUCGAACGCAGUGAGAACCUCAGGGCGAAAGAUGCCGGAACGGAUAAAGUGUAUGACGAGUUUGGGUCACUGAGUCGAUUCUGGAGGAAAUGCACUCAGACUUCGAAUCAACGAAUCGAUGUUACGCGCCUCGUGGAAUCGGAUGCUACCGAUGAUGAAGAUGACACGAGCUUGGGGAGUGGGAGAGGGUCUGAUGAAUACCAAUGGGUCGUUUCUAGGGCAUCCAAAGUCGAGGUAGCUGGUACUGAGGCUCGUCGUGCUGCACACCGUUACAGCAAGCGUUGGGUCCGCGAGCAGGGUGGCCGUAGGUGGGAGGAGCACGAUUACAACGACGUGCUCAAACUGCUGCGUAAACUGUAG